AACCAAAAUGCUGCGCCAGGAAAACUUGGCUGCCAACUUCUGUGGUCUGCUCGCCACCCAGGGAUACACAGAAAAGGCAAACGAAUGGAGAAUUCUGGGCCAGGAACAGGAUGGCUCCCUGCUCACCUCGUGGGUUUUUGAGUACUUGGGCGAGGAUCAACGGAAGGAGACUUGCAUCGGCCAUUUCCAUGCUACUAAGAAGCAGCUCCGCCUGCUCUGGACUCUGCCCAAAUGCUGUGAGAUUGUCCAGGCCAGCAUUAAUAGCAGUGUGACACUGCUGUCCUUUGUGGAGAAAACGGAGGGCAAGUUCUAUCAGGCUUUUGUGGUAGAAGUGCGUAGCUCUGAGGGCGGAACGGCCACACCCCUUAAUCCAGAGCCCACCUCCCGUCAGACGAUGACGCAGUUUUUGUGGCGUGGAGAGAGUGCCACGCGUACCUGCUGGCAGGAUAAGUUACUGGUGCUAACUCAUGAGGAGUCCAUUAAACAGUACACCUGCGUGGUGAAGCAGAGCUCCACGACUUCACAAACGGAAGGCAGCGCCUGGCGAUUGGAUACCAGCAUACUCACUUACGAAACCCUGGCCAAGAACUUUAGCUGGGCGCAGUGGGACGCAGAAGCACAGGCCCUGUACUAUAUUCAUCUAAAGCCAAAGGCCAAGAGCCUUAGUCUCUUGGACGAACGGGAGGAAGCUGGGGAACCGGCAAAGCCCAUACUCAGCCCCACUCUGUCAGCUUUUCAGUUUAAUGAGAAGCAGCCUACUGAAACGGUGCUUAAUAUACCUCUCAACUUGCCAAAGUUGCCCAACGGCUCUAAGGAGGAAACCCCUAGCUAUGAUGACGACGCGGUCCCAUUGCGUGUCCAUGACAGCUCCUUGAAUCUCAUUAUUCUGGCGGACAGUUCGGGCAUGUUCUUCGUAUGCCACUACUACCUUUACCAGCCCAUGCAGUCGGAGCAGAAGGGCGUGCACUUUGCCUACUCGGUGACCCUGCUGCACCAUGGCUGCGUGGUCCACUGCGUCAUGCCUGGAGUCCCUUGGACCAAAGCUCGUCUGCUGAGGCCCACAUUUGCAUUGCAUGGCCAACACCAUUUGUUGGUAUCGUCAGCGUUUUUUGUGCAUCUACUGGAUGUGGGGCUGCAGCACGAACCCAUUUGCCAUAUAGUGUGUGCUGCCCACAACCGAAGCCCUGAUCUAACGCAGCUGGUUCCAUUGAGGAAGUGGGGAUCUCUGGCCUACGAUGCGGCCACCUUGGACCUGGUCUCGUUGACAGUGUCUAAGUCACAUUUGAUUGAGGCUUUCCGAAGCGAUAACUCUUUGGAUAACAGGAUCAGUAUUAUUCACUACUUCCUGCUGCAUUCCAACGACAUGGACGUACUGGCCGAGCUGUUGAAUAGCAUCCUGGAAAGGCCACUCUCUCUGGACACCGUGGCUCUGCUUAAGGAGGCUCUCGUGGCGGGAAGUUAUGCGGCUGCGGUUCGUGGAUUACCGGAUGAUGCAAAAUCCCUAAUGAGGCUACUGCCCUUGACCACCGCAAUAGCUUCGCGACCAAUCCAUGCCCGAGUGGCUGAUAUCAGUGUGGGGCUUUCGCACGAAACCCUGCAUAAUACCAGCAUGAUGCUCCUGUCGCCGCAGCAGCGUCUCUCUCCAUACCGCACGGACAUUUGGACCAGGUUGUGGGACCUGCUUAACGAGUCCUCCAAGCAGGAGCAGCCACGAUUCAGCGCCGAGCAGGUCACCGAAAAGUUGAUCUUCAGUCUAGCCUGUUAUCAGCCGGAGGCUCUUUCCCGCUGUACCACACCACUUUCACCAGAUGCUGGUACUGGCGGCGGUUUCGGGGACUAUAGCAGUGGCAGUGCUUUUCCUUUCAGCAACGAGGUCCUGCCCUUCCUCGAACUAGAGGGCUGCACUGCCAGCAAGCAGGAGCAUGUCAUCUCGGUGUACCUGCGAGAGUUGAGCGUCCAUUUAGUGAAGCAUUCUUCAAAACCCAACACUGGGUUUCGUUGGCUGAAGGAGACUUUCUUCGAGCGCUCCCAGGCUCCGGCUCAUGUCCAUGCUGUGGCCUCCCAGUUCGUUUCUGCCCAGUUGGAACUGUCCCGGGCUCUUUGCUCUCUGGUGUGCAGAGCUGCCGGACUUGAUGCUCGCCUGGAGAUUCUGCGAGGCUUCCAAUUAAUUGACAAAAUGGCCGCCAAUCAGCAGCAUACACUUUUCCUGAUCUUGGAGCGCUAUUGCUUGGCCGUGGAGUCCAUUGCCUUUCCGUUGCCCGAAGGGUUCUCUUCGUUCUUCACAUACUUGGGCUAUAGGUCCCUGAGCUUUGAUAUGUUUCUGCAGUAUGUGGAAAAUCACGUUUUUGAGCUGCAGGUGGAUGUAAUGAAAGCUAUUGUUUAUGAUAUCGAGGACACUCCACUGGGAACGGAACGAAAACUUUCGCUUUUAUCGGCUCUCCCCAAGCAGCGGGCUCAGCGCCUUUUGAAAUGCUGGCAACAUCCGGAUAGCUUGAUGAUUCGUGGUCGGGAGCAUGCGACAAACAUUCUUUCGGGCCAGCAGCAGGAAUCCUCGCAUCAGCAGAGACCCACGACGACCAUCAAUCAAUCGCGAAACAAUGCUCGGAGUGAUUUAACUGCUGAAGCCCUAACUCCUUUGGACUCUUUUCUGGAUCUGUUGACGGCCAAGGCCAGUUUGAACGAGUUGGAUUAUAAUCUGCUUAUAGAAACUACUCUGAGCUCCAUUGAGCAGCUAAAAGUGGAGAAUUAAUGUGCUUGUACUUAGUAUAAAAUAAGUAUUAAAUGUAAUAAUUCGUAUUACUUAAAGGCCAAAGUAUAGUGUCAAAAUAUCAACCAUUCCGGUUAGAUUCUGUAAGGAAAGGUAUAUAAUUUAUUAGGUA